AUGGAGUACCUUUUACACGAAUGGUACUACUGUUUCAAGAAAAAGUUCAUAGGAACAUUUUCCUCCUGGGCAAGAAUUUUUUUUACUCACUCAAGUGAGGAGUACGAAAAAUGUUUCUCUGGACUGGCAGAGUCAACUCGACAGGCAGUGAACUGUAUGGAACAAAGUUUUCAUAAGUGUAUCAAACAUCUUCUUGAAGAUAAGGCUUUCUUUCCGGAGCUGACGUUCUACACUCGUGAUUUUAUCGAAAAUGAACUCAUUCCUAGCACUAAGGCUGAUGACAAAGCCGCCUAUCGCAUGGCAAUUCUAACUCGCCGUCCAAAGUUAGUGAUGCGAGCAUCACAAGGAGACUACAAACCAUUGUUAUUCCAUCUCCUUGCCUUGUCCGUUAGCCCUGAUGACAUAUGGGAUCACUUUCUUGUGAUCUUUACACCCAAACCAACGACUCACAAACAAUGCGAAGAACUUUCUCUCUUGUACCAGAAAGCUCAAUCCCGUAUGAAGACUAUUGAGAAACAGAUUCAGUUUUGGUAUAUGUCCAUUGCAGAGUCCCAUAAAAAUUGGCUCUCCAAAGAUCAGGUUGUGUUGAAAGAUUCGAAGUUUGAAAAUCGGAGAUUGGAAACAUGUUCCCCUCACCCAAUGUCGUGGUUGUCUUGGAGCCAAAACCACUAA